CGGAAGCACAUGAAACCCUCUUAAUGCUCCUGAUCCCUGCGGUGUGUGUUUGUGUGUGUGAAUGUGUGCGGUAAUGUGAUUGUUUCAGGGGAUGAACUGUGACGACACGUGCGGUCUGGAGAGCUGGGGCUGGACGACACUGUGUAGCUGGUGGUGUUCAGCAUCAGAGGUUGAGAGCGAGCCCAGCAUCAGCUCCACACACUCAUCUCUCACAAUGUCCAGACGCAGUCUCCGUCUGCACACCAGCAGCAGUCACUACGGAGACGACGGUCUGCACGACACAUCACUUAACCACAGCGCCAUCUACCGCCGCACAGAUGACAGGUCUGUGAAGAGCAGACGAUCUCAUCAGUCGGUCAGUCUUCUCACACCCAAGUGUCCGCCGUCUGUCCUGCAGGCUCAUAACAGCACAGUCAACAGUUGUGCACCCAGUGACGCGUCACUCCUGUCCUCUAUGCUGGACGAGUCGUCCAUACAGGAGAACACACUGGUCGACACAUUCUGGGGUCUGGAUGAGGACGGUCUUGAUGGCAGAGAUGAACCUCUCAGGGCAGCGCACAGCACGGUGGAGGCCAAAACCCAGACGUCCAGAGCUCAGAACGGUUUCAGUCAUCCAGACGGACGCUCGCCUUCAUCUGCCGGACAUCACAGAUGUUCCUCACAGUCGGCCAGCUCACGUCCCUGUCCUAACACGACUGUAUACUGCAGAGAGAGCCGCAGACUCAAGACACAAGGAGUGUUGGGGAUGUGUGUUGAUAACAGCAGGAGAAUAGCUGCCUAUCUAGUGUACAUAUGCACCCUACUGAAAGGUGUGCUGCUGUCAGCGUGGGUCAGUUGUGUUGCAUUGUGUAAGAGAAUAAAGGCUGUGUCAUGGAGGAGAUUCAUCAGUGUUAAAGGAGGCAAUGAGAAAUACACCAGCAGUAUGAGUGUUAAAGACGUGCUGCUGCAGAAAGAGCGACCAAAGUUUAGCGGUGUUCUCUGUGACGACUGCAAAAGAAAGGGCACUCAAUCUUCUCAAGAACAAGCACCUGUAGGGGACUUUUGGUCCCUGAUAGUUUUAACAGGGAAGUGGGCCUCAGGAAGUGUAUUGUGGCUCAUCAAUGUCUUUGCUCAGUGUCUCCCUAUGCUUUCAAAACUCUUGUUUAUUGUACCUUUUCUUCUGCUUCUCGCUGUGUGGUAUUGGGGUCCGGCGGGAUUGUUGGCUCUGUUCUCUUCAGUCUCUCACCACAAAUCCACAAAUGCUCCGAACAAAGACGGACAAACUCCUGCUGACAUGAACCCUCAGCGGGCGUCAGUGGUGAUGUCUUCAAUGGAAAUGGAGAGAUUCACGCGUCUGGAAGAGAGUUUGGCUCAGCUGUGGGAUCGAGUGGCGGGCGGUUUACUCAGACAGGAUGAACAGCACACUGAAGUUCUCAGUCUGUAUAACACACUGCGUGUGGAGUUUCACAGACACACAGACAGAGAGAGUAUGGCCAAAUGGAUCGGAGACAUGCUGGAGGAGAGAUUCAGCUAUCUGAAGGGAGAGGUGGAAAAACACAGCAAGAAAACGCAACAAAAUCAUGAUGAGAUAAACAAGAGAGAAGGUCCAUCAGAGAACACUCGACUGACUGAAGCUGAAGCUCUUCUUCAGACGUUAGCACGCAAAACUGAGGAACUUCAGAGGAGACAGGAGCAGCUGCUGAAGAAGAAGAAGAUUCCUGACGCAUCAAAUCCUGACAGUGAUGAGUCUGACAGCGGCUCCAGGGAUGAUGUGUUGGCGGAGGUGAAGAGACUGGAUGAUGAACUGGAUCUCAUCAAAGUUAAUAUUCAGGGGCUGAUGGGAUGCAGAGAUCGAUGUGAUCAGCUGGAUGUCCUUCAGAACUCUGUGUCAGAUCAGGUGGAGAUGGAGGUCAAGUCUCUGUUGUACGGCAGUGAUAAAGCUAAUGAAUCGGAUCUCCCAGAGUCUCUUGUGCAGUGGCUCUCAGAUCAGUUUGUGAGCACCACUGAACUACAUGAUUCUCUCGGAGUCCUGGAGAAGAGCAUUUUGGGUAAUCUGUCUCUUCAGAUAGAGGAGGGUGAGUCACCGUCAGAAGAGACUUUCAGCAGAACUGUGCUGCACGCCACAGGAGAGACGGGACUCACUGAAGACCAUGUGCAGAUGAUUGUGGAAAACGCUCUGAAGCUCUACUCUGAAGACCGCACCGGUCUGGUGGAUUACGCGCUGGAGUCUGGAGGUGGCAGCAUUAUAAGCACACGGUGUUCAGAAUCUUUCGAAACUAAAACGGCUCUGAUGAGUUUGUUUGGUAUUCCGCUGUGGUAUUUCUCUCAGUCUCCUCGUGCUGUCAUACAGCCGGACGUUCAUCCUGGGGACUGCUGGGCGUUUCAAGGCUCAUCUGGAUAUCUGGUGAUUGGUUUGUCCAUGAGGGUCGUGCCUACAGCCUUUUCUCUUGAACACAUCCCUAAAUCUCUCUCACCCACCGGUCACAUCGAGAGCGCUCCUCGAGACUUCAGUGUGUAUGGUUUAGAUGAUGAGUGGCAUGAGGAAGGACAGAUGCUCGGUCAGUUCACUUAUCAAGAAGGUGGAGAUGCUCUUCAGACCUUCUCAGUCACUGAGGAGGUAACGAGAGGUUAUCAGCUGAUAGAAGUGCGUGUGCUGUCUAACUGGGGUAAUGAGGAGUUCACGUGUAUGUACCGCUUCAGAGUUCACGGUGAGCUGGUGGAUGAGUCUGAAGACGACACGGUUGAGGACAUCUGAACGUCUCCACAUCAGGGUUGUGACGUUCUCUUUUCUCUUCGUGAUGAUUAUUGUCUUAAUAUAUUUUAAACUGAGACGGCACAAACUGAAUGGAUACGUGGAAUCUCUGAAUGACACAAACCAGAACAAUGUAUUUUAGACCGGAAUGUAAAUCUUGUCAGUUUUGUGUGAUUAUUUAUUUGUUUGUUUGUGUUUGGGGGUGUAUAUGUUGUUUUGAUAUCUGACAUGUGCUUUAUUUAAGAAGGACAAGACAUCAUAUUUGUUUAUGUCCUAAGCAACACUGAUUGUGAAUUUUUGUGAAUGCUUUGUGCAAAUAAUUUUGUAAUGCCGUGUGAUCUUUACAGGUUGGCUUUUCAAAUAAAAUUCUAUUUUUUUUGUUUUUA